AUUGGACUCGCAUAUUACCUUACCGUCCGUUGAACCACCAUGGCAAACCCUUCUCGGUACUCUCCAUUGACGAAGCUUCCCAUUCGACUCCCCAUUAUUGAUAUUUCGAGCACCCGCCCGGAAACGGGCAAAGCGAUGAUAGAUGCAGCCACCAAAUAUGGAUUUCUAUAUGUUGAUAGUGUGACCAGUGACUUUUCAGAUGAGGAUGUGGAAUCGGCUUUUGCAAUGGCGCGAAAAUUUUUUGCAUCUCCACAUGAAGAAAAAGUGCAAGCUAAAAUCGGAUCAAAUAAUAGGGGCUGGACAGGUAUGCACGUUGAGACUUUAGAUCCGAAUCAUCAAAAGAGAGGUGAUUUUAAGGAAGCAUUCAACUUCGGCGAAUUCAAGAAUGAUAAAGCGCAGCAACCUCUCCCUUCCUCCCUCGUUCCUCAUGAAGCGGAGAUAUCUCGCUUCAUGAACCUAUGCAGAAAGACAUGUGACCGUAUUCUCACCCUCCUUGCGUUGGGAUUAGGAAUCCCAUCGGAUUGGUUCACCACACGACACGAUUCCUCCAAAGGUCCCUCGGGUGUGACAUUCCGCUUCCUCUACUACCCAUCCAUCCAAUCCCCUUCGACCUCCACAUUCCAGCAAAACAUUGACGUCCGCGCCGGGGCCCACAGCGACUACGGAAGCAUCACCCUCCUCUUCCAACGCGACGGACAGCCCGGCCUCGAAAUCCAAACUCCAACGGGGGAAUGGGCACCUGUUCCCAUCCGACCCCAGCAGGAGUCCACGACGACAAGCUUCCCGCCGAUUCUGGUCAACAUCGGCGACUUGCUCAGCUACUGGACGAACGGGCUGUUGAAGUCCACCGUUCAUCGAGUUGUGUUUCCAGUGGAACAGCAAUCAGGUUCUUCUCCCGGCGAUGAUAGAUAUAGCAUGGCGUAUUUCUGCCAUCCGCUGGACGAUACGGAACUUGUUCCCGUGCCUAGCAAGCUAGUUGAGCAGCAUAGAGAUGCAAUUGCCGGCGACGGGCCCAACGCCGAUAAAAUUAUGACGGCUCGCGACCAUCUUGCAAGUAGACUAGCGGCAACGUAUGGUGGCAAUCCAAAUGAGUAUAAGUAAG